CCUCUGUAAGAUCUUCUUCCCUUCCUCCCUAAUCGGAUCUUUUUUCUUCCUCCUCGAUCUGUACUGUUCUGUAUUAAGGUAACUCUGUCUUUCUGUAACCAUUUUUCAACGUCCCUUUUCAUGUCAACCUUUUUAGCAAUCUGAAAAAUAAACCAUUGAAUUGUAAUUACACAUUUACACUACCCCUUUUUAAUCCUAUUCUCAGACCUUCCUUCUUCAAAAUCUUCACUACUCUCUAAAACAACCAAAUGGGUAAAGCAAUUAGGUGGUUGAAAGGUCUAUUCGGCUUAAAAAAAGACAGAAACCAAAAAGAUUGUUCAUUUUCCGGUGACCGGAAAAUCAAGAAUCCGGCUGAUUGGAUGAUCAGAUCUUUGUAUCUUGAGACAGAACAGAGCAAGCAUGCUAUUGCGGUGGCCGCAGCUACUGCGGCGGCGGCUGACGCCGCCGUGGCAGCCGCCCAUGCGGCUGUGGCAGUUGUUAGGUUAACAAGUAGGGGUAGAGGAGGAAUUACAGCUGCUGGAUUUGAGAGAAUGAAUGCUGCUAUCAAGAUUCAAUCAUUUUUCAGGGGAUAUUUGGCUAGAAAAGCAUUGAGAGCAUUGAAGGGAUUAGUGAAGUUACAAGCUAUUGUUAGAGGUUAUUUGGUGAGGAAACAAGCAAAUGCAACUUUACAUAGCAUUGAAUCAUUGUUUAGAGCUCAGGCUAGGUUUCGUGCCCGGAAAUCUCUCGCCGGCGCCGGCGCCGACCACCAUCUUGAAUUCCCACCUCCCCGGAAAUCUACGGAAAGAUUUGGUGAUAUUUCUAAAGUUCAUAGUAGAAGACUCUCUGCCUCGUAUGAGACCAGUUUACAAUCAAUCGAUGAGUGCCCAAAGAUUGUUGAAAUGGAUAACGGUAGGCCCAGGCCCAAUAAGCCAAAAGCCCGACGAAGCGAUCGAUCAUCGUCGAAAGCACUCUCUUCUCCACUUCCACCUUUCUAUGGGUCAGAAGCCCAUUACCAAUAUCAAGAUCUUUAUGAAGCUGAUUCAGGCCCAAUGUGGGAAGAGUGUCGAUCAUCGUCAGCCCAAAGCACUCCUAAGUUGGGCCAAUUUGAUGGGCCUAAAGUGGGAGCAAAGAGUGUUUGCGGGGAGGAGAUUGUUUUCGAGAAACUAAAUGUGUUUCCAAAUUACAUGUCGAACACGCGUUCUUCAAAGGCGAAGUUUAGGUCUAGGAGCGCCCCGAAGCAGAGGCCCGAGUUUGGGCCCAAUAGGAGGGUUUCGUUGGGUGAUAUGAUGGAAUCGAGAGGAAGUUUGAGCGGGCUUAAAAUGGAGAGGUCGUGUUCGCAGGCCCAAGAAGUAAUCAAUUCGAGGUCGAAGUGGUGAAAAUUGAAAAGUUACCAAAUUUGGUAGAAAAAAAUAGGAAGAAGAUUAAAAGGGUUGCAUGUGACUAGAAAAAUGGUGGAAUUGUAUAUUUAUUACUAGUCCAUUUUAAUUAACUCAUUAUCAAUGACUAAGUCGAAUAUGAAGAAUCUCUCAUAAGCAUGUAAAAUUUUAAAUUACAUGUUUUUACUUUCUAUUGCUAUUGUCUAUUGUUGUGUGUUGAAUUUGAGUUUAAAGUAAUUAAAGUACCUUUUCACUAACUCCAUUUGAUAUUUAAUUGUUUUUUUUGUAUGA